AUGCCUCAACUAAACCCAAACCCCUGGCUUUUUAUCAUGAUCAUUUCAUGGUUAACCUUUUCCAUGAUUAUCCAACCCAAAGUCCUAACAUUCGUAUCAACUAACCCUCCAUCUAGCAAAACCCAUACUACACCAAGUACCACCCCCUGAACCUGACCAUGAACCUAA